AUGGCCCAGCUGACGCGCUCGGACUCCUCGAUGAGCAACCUCGCUGAGGAGUUCCCGACGCGGAUCAUGGAGUGCGGCUUGCUGCCCCUGACCUGCGCGGGUGUCGAGGUGUCCAACAAGCUGCACGUCACGUGCACGGUCGUCAAAGUCAAAACCGCGGAUCGCACAGCGCUAUUACUGGACAUCAGCGACUUCUUUCAGCGGAACAAGUACAGCAUCAUCGAGGCGGAGGUGUCCACGACGGCGCACGACAACAUGGCCUCGGACAUUUUCCUCGUGCAGCAGGCGGACGGCCGGAAGAUACAAAAGCCGCGGCAGUUCGCCGAGGAGAUUCGCGACGUCAUCUUGAAGUCCAACCGCAUCCAUCGCAGCAACAGCACCACCCCGGGGACGUCCAUGUCAUCGUCGAGGGCGGGGUCCAGGGAGCCCUCCGCGCACGGGGGCAACCACUUCUUCACUUCGCAAACGGGGGAAUCGCGGAUGGGCGUCGUCGACGCGCUGGACGUCAUCAAGCGCGCCGACGACCUGGCGCGGGAGAGAAACGGCAUCGGCGCGAACGGCAACGGCGGCGCUAAUGGAGUCCCGCCGAUCGAGCUCAAAUCCCACGUGAUGAACGCCAACGGCAUCAGCGAGGCGGAGGUGACGGCGCUCGACCUGCGCCUCGCCGAGAUGGAGUUGGGACCCGCGCCCGAGGUUGAGAGGGUGGAGCGUCACGGCACCGGCGACGCGUACACGGCCAAACUCGACGACAAUGACGCGGGUAUCGAGCCCGGUGUGGGAGGCGCGGCGCGCUCCCCGCCGAGCCGGGACGUCCGGGAAAGCUCGGGACGCGGCGGCAUGACCCAGAUCGAGGAGGAGAAGGAGGCCAUGGUCGAGUGGCAGCUUCGGACCAAGGUGGGCGGAUCCACGCACUCCAGCGCGGGGUUCAAGCUCAGCCAGGAUAAGCUCGCCAACGCGACGGAGAUCACGAUGGAGGUGCCCGAUCGCGUGGGGCUCAUCGCGGAUGUCUUGGAGUGCCUCAACAAGAACAACGUCGGCGUGGUUCACGCGCACAUCUACACCACGGCGGAGGGUUUGGCGUCCAAUUACCUCUCCGUGGUGGACGUGGCGACCGGGGAGAAGAUCACCGAGGAAGUUCUCGAGGAGGUGCAUAGCGCGCUCGCGGCGAGGUGCUUCAGGGAUUCGAAGCGGGUGGGCGGAACGAACAAGACGAGGCCGUAUUCGAGCAACUCGGCCAAGCGGGGUUUAGCGCUGGUGGGGACGCCCUCGCCGCCCGGCGCGGCGACCCCGACGCCCUCGCCGCCGAAGCACGAUAAGAAGGUUUGGGGGAUUGACAUCGAGACGGAGGUGAAGAAGCGCAUGGCGCGGCUGCACGGCGGCGAGGUUCACGGCGCGGAGUACAUGCAGAUGCGGAGCAAGGCGAUGGAGUCUCUCACGCGGCAGAUGAACAACGUCAACCUCGCCGCGGUUGAGCCCGCCGUGCUCACCCCGGAGGACAGGUCCGUCGUGGACGGCGCGCUCGCGGUGCUUCCCGCGUACGCGUCCAUCAUGUUCCAGUCGUCGAAGGAGGAGAUCAUCAGCGAGUUGCGGGAGGUGCGGUGGGCCGCCGGCGACAUCGCCUUUGAACCCGAGGAUUUCAUCCCGAACCUGUACAUCAUCGUGGAGGGUUCGCUGUUUCGCGACAGCUGGCAUAACCAGGCGGGUAACCAGGUCCAGGCGCUCGUGCUGAGCCGGGGGUGUUUGCUCGGCGAGGUUGCGCUGCAGCACGCCUACCAGACGGCGGCGAGGAUCACGUCGCAGAACGGGGAGAUGGAGCCGGUGGCGACGAGGGGUUUCGCCAUCAACGUCGAGACGUUCAAGCGCAUCGUGCGCUCGCGCAUCCACAGGACCCGACAGCUGUGCACCAACGUGUUGAACAUCAUCGAGACGUUCCGUAUGGUCCCCGCGAACAUGAAGGAGCUGCUCUUGAACGCGAUGUGGACCGAGAGCAAGAGCUACCCGCCCGGUUCGAUAAUCUCCGGGGGUGGGAAGGUUCCGUCGUUUCACAUCAUCCUGGAGGGCGAGGUCCGGGCCGGCACGGACUGGCGGCAGGUGCACCUGAUGGCCGCGGAUUCCUUCGGCGAGGACGCGUUGCUCUCCGCGGAGGCCAGAAAACGAGCGGGCUUGCCCCCGGCUGACGAGGCUUCGACGCACUCUCACGUGGCGGUGAGCCACACCGUGACGCUCAAGGUGACGAGGCCGCUGCUGGAGAGGCUGUGGGGCGCGGACUUUGACAAGUACAUCAGGUCGAGGCACGACGUCACCACCGCAUCCGCGGCUGGCGCGUCCAAAGACCUCAUCGGCGGUCAUCAGCUGGGCGCGCCGUCGGGCUCGAUGAAGGCGAGCGAUUCGGGAUCCAGCCUCGACAACUGGCCCGCGUCGCCGUCGCCAACGCACAAGACGAUCGCGGACAAGGCCAAGAAGGUCGACGGUGUCGGCGGCAAGGCCGGGGAUCUCAGCAUUCGCAGCGGGAACAUUUUCUCGUCCGUCAAGUCCCAGGGAGCGGUGCACAAGUCGCUCGCGAAGAAGGCUCUGAUGGGGAGCAUCAGCGUGCACGCGGGCAUGUCCGGUUUGGGCGAUUCGGACGCCAUCGCCCGCGCCGCCGCCGAGGAGGAGUCAAAGAAGGCUAGGGGUGCGUCCUCCACGUCGCUCAUGGCGUCGUUCAAGAGCUUCAGCAAGCAAAUGAAGAAAAUGAUGGGGGCGGUCAUCGCUGGAGGGGUUCCUCCCGGCUUCGCCCAAGCACACAAUCGUGGAGGGUGA